AUGAGUGCUGAUUUAAGAAAACCAUGGGAUAAAGAUAAAAAACUAACUGUAUUCUUGGUAAAUACAGUUCCUUUAGUCAAUCAACAUUCGUUCUUACCAUUGCCACGAAUAAAUCUCAUUAUUUUUGAUGAAUGUCAUCAUGGAGUCAAAGAUCAUCCAAUGCGGCAGAUAAUGAAAUCAUUUGAAGUUUUUGAUGAAGCUCAACAUCCAAAGAUAUUGGGUUUGACAGCAACCUUAAUAAAUUCUAAUAUUAAUGCUAUCAAGUUACAGUGCCACAAAUUGCUACUGAAGCUCAACUUGGAUCUAUAUCAGCAUCAGAAGAUCAAGAUUCGUGGGAAAACUCUGCAUUUCUCUGAUGAUGAGAUACCUAGUGACGAAGAAGCUACAAAUGAAAAUAUUGAUGAUACUGAUGAAUACGGUACACACAUUGAGGAUAUCUUAGAUGACACUGAUGAUCAUGAUACUGUAAAGGAAGAUACCAAAAUUGAAGCAGAUAUAAAUAUCUUAAGCUUAAAUAAAAACGUUUAUCGAUGGACGAGUAUGAAAGAACCGAGCGAUUUAGAACGAAAUAUUUCAAAAAAUUUCUAA